CGCUGAGAAGUGGGGCAAACUGAAGGCUGCAGCUGUCACACACCCAACACAGACCGAGGGCCGUCCACAUGAGCCACUGCAACACGGUGUUCAGGAAGACCCCUGCAAGAGCUAGCAUGCUGAGAAGAGGCCGGAGCAGCAGAGCUCGACAUGUGGCCUGGAGCGACGCACGGCAGGACACAGAUGUCACGGCAGCUGUCCACGCCACCGACAGGGAGGAGCGGGAGAGCCGAGCCGUGACACAGAUCAGCGGCUUGGAGUCGGAGAUGGAUCACCUGGUCGGACCCGGAGCCGGCUCUGAGGUCGUGGCCCUGGGGAAGCGUGAGUCGUUCUCCCUCUGUGAGCCGCAGGAGGAGCUGAGUCCGGAUCUAUGGGCUGCUGACGACUGCGUCUGCAGGGAGGAGGACCAGGAUUUCGACUGGGUGUGGGACGAGCACUGUAAGUCCUCCGGAGCCUCGCUCAGCUGCCACGACAGGAAGGUGAGCUUCCACUCGGACUACAGCUGCGGCACCGCCGCCAUCCGCGGCACCAGGGCGCUGACGGACGGCCAGCACUACUGGGAGGUGCAGAUGACCUCCCCCGUCUACGGCACAGAUGUGAUGGUGGGGGUUGGAACAUCCGAGGUGAACCUGGACAAGUUUAAAUACAGCUUUGGCAGCCUGCUGGGCCACGACGAAGACAGCUGGGGCCUCUCCUACACAGGUCUGCUCCAACACAAAGGAGACAAAGUGAAAUUCUCCCCUCGGUUCGGCCAGGGCUCCAUCAUAGGCGUUCACCUGGACACGUGGCACGGCACGCUCACCUUCUACAAGAACCGCCACUGCAUCGGUGUCGCUGCCACCAGGCUGCAGAGCAAGCGGUUCUACCCCAUGGUGUGCUCCACGGCCGCCAAGAGCAGCAUGAAGGUGGUCUGUGCCCGCUACACCCCCACCUCCCUGCAGUACCUCUGCUGCGCCCGGCUGCGCCAGGUCCUGCCCUGUUGUCCGGACGUGGCCGAGGCCCUGCAGCUGCCCCCCGGCCUGCGGACCGUCCUGCAGACGCAGCUCGGCUGGCUGUUCGCCCUCAGCAGCGGCGCCGGCCCAUCCGAGGAGGAGAGCCACAUGCCCGACGCCACCGAGCGGACCGGCGUGCCUUCAGGCCCGGGCCCCGGGUCCGUCCCGAGCGCUGGUGCCGACCCGUACCCUGAAACAGCCCCCCGGUACCACCGCCCCUGCCACACGUCUCCUCAGCAUCCCCCCGCAGCCUGCCACUGCCCUCCGACUCCACCGAGCAGCGACUACGACAGCUGCUGCUCCGACCCGGAGGAUUAUCAGUGCAAAAGGUGCCGCUGGACGUGACCCGGCUGUUUGCUCCACAGCUUAUUCUACCGCUGCCAUCACUGAGGAUUCCCGGCUUUUAUUUAACAUUUAACAGCAUCAGCGCUCCUGUUUCUCUUUUUUUUAAUUUAAAACAUCCCGAGUCGGGAAGCGGGAAUAAGCAAAAACUCUAUUGCUAAUUUAGCCAAUUUGUCUUAUUCAAAGUGUCAUAUCUUGUAUUUAGAGGUUGUUUUAGUUAAAAUGCCACAUUCAAUGCCUUUGGAAAAGGCAAAACCAAAGAGAGGAAACGUUGAUUAUUCUCAGGGAUAGACUCUAAGGGAAGAGAUUCUUUUUAAUACCAUAAAACUCUUUUUAUAAGUGUUUUUUUUUUAUCCAUCUUUGAACUGAUCAUGAGAUAAUUGUGCUGAUUCUUACUGGUUUUCUAUUUAUUGCUACACCUCUGUUAACUUUUACAAUCCUGUAAAAUAAAUCCAGAAAUUACAUUUUUU